GCAUGCCGAUGCUGCAGUGGUAAACAAUCGUGCGUCGCGAGAAAUCCGCAAAGGCGAAAAGAAUUUCUAUCGAAAUAACAGUCGGCGAUUCGCGCGGCCAACCGACACCGUAUGCCUGUCGCACUGGCAGAUCGACGCCCUGGUGCCGAUUGACCACCACUGCCUGCCCGAAGCAUUGCCUUUUUUGGGUUGAUCGUGAUACAUUAAAAAUUAUAUAUAUCCAGUUUUCGUGUGUGCGGCUGCAAAAUUUUUGACCGGCGGUGCGCGCAUUUGCAUUUCCGACGGUGACACGGCGUGUGUGUUUACGGGUUACGGUCUCGGGUAAGCCAGCAGCUGCAGUGUUGCGGUGCAGUGUGGUGUGUGUGUGUGCGUUUGGUGUGGGGAGGCGUUUUGGCAAAAAGGCUUAUCGCGUUGCCGUGGGCUGGCUGGUGGCUGUCUUUCUUUCCCAGUGUGGUUCCGUUUUUUGAAAAAGAAAGGGAACGCAGUGCCAGUGCUUGGCGUUGUGUGCGAUAAACAGGGCCAGCACCAGCAGCAGUACUCUCGUCCCGUGCUGUGACACGGAUCAUUUCGGCUUAUCGCGCGGUGUGUGCGUGUGUGAGUUUAAUUUCUUCUAUUUGUGAUAACGUGCAAAAGUAAAAUAAAAGGGCUUUGAAGAAAGUGAGUGCACGUGUUUUGAACUUAAGAAAAAAGUGCCUAAAGUGUGGAGCACACAGGUGGAUUGUUGUGUUUGUUGCCGGUUUUUUUUUGUACAAGUAGGCCAGUGUGCACCUGUGUGCGUCUGUGUGUGUGUGCGGUGUAAAGGAAGAUGUCGUUUCGUGUGGUGAGAAGCUCCAAGUUCCGGCACGUGUUCGGCCAGGCGCUGAAGCGCGAACAGUGCUACGACAAUAUACGCGUGUCGAAGAGCAGCUGGGACUCGACGUUCUGCGCGGUCAAUCCGAAGUUUCUGGCCAUCAUCGUCGAGUCGGCGGGCGGCGGUGCCUUCAUCGUACUUCCACACAAUAAGGUCGGACGAAUCGCGGCGGACCAUGCACUGGUCGGUGGACACAAGGGCCCCGUGCUGGAUAUUGCCUGGUGCCCGCACAACGACAAUGUCAUCGCAUCUGGGUCGGAAGAUUGCGUCGUGAAGGUAUGGCAAAUUCCAGACGGUGGACUGUCCCGAACGCUCACCGAGCCGGUGGUCGAUCUGGUGUACCAUCAGCGCCGCGUCGGCCUGGUACUGUGGCACCCGUCCGCCCUGAACGUGCUGCUGACCGCCGGCUCGGACAAUCUGAUCGUGGUGUGGAACGUCGGUACGGGCGAGGUGCUGGUGCGGAUUGACUGCCAUCCGGACACGAUCUACAGCGCCUGCUGGAACUGGGACGGUUCGCAGCUGGUGACGACGUGCAAGGACAAGAAGAUCCGCAUCCUGAACCCGCGCAACGGCGAGGUGCUGAACGAGGCGCUGGCCCACGAAGGCUCUAAAGCGACCCGGGCCAUCUUCCUGCGGCACGGGCUCAUCUUUACCACCGGCUUUAACCGGUCGUCCGAGCGGCAGUACUCGCUGCGCGCCCCGGACGCACUGGGCGACCCGAUCGUGAUGGUCGACCUCGACACGUCCAACGGCGUGAUGUUUCCGCUGUACGAUCCGGACACGAACCUGAUCUACCUGUGCGGCAAGGGCGACUCGGUCAUCCGGUACUUCGAGGUGACGCCCGAGCACCCGUACGUCCACUACAUUAGCCAGUUCCAGACGCCGGACUCGCAGCGCGCCAUCGGCAUGAUGCCGAAGCGGGGCUGCGACGUGAGCACGUGCGAGGUCGCCCGCUUCUACCGGCUGAACAACGGGGGGCUGUGCCAGGUGAUCUCGAUGACGGUGCCGCGCAAGAGCGAACUGUUCCAGGAGGAUCUUUACCCGGACACGCUCGCCGACGAGGCGUCCAUCUCCGCCGAAGACUGGAUCAGUGGGGCCGAUGCCGAUCCGCAGCUUAUCUCGCUGAAGGGUGGCUACGUGUCCCAGGCCCAGAGCACCACGCUCACCGUCACGAAGAAGUCGAACGUGCUGGACAAGAUGGCACCGAAGAGUGGUGGCCCGAAGACGCUGUCCGCAUCGACCGGCGGUUCGGCCGGUGCGUCCGCCAACGGUUCGCCGGUGACGGUCAACAAUGGAACGUCCGGUGGCGGCGGUGGAAGCACAUCGCCCGCCAACGGCACACAGCAGAUCACAAUCGGUGGCGUUUCGGAGCAACAGUUCGGCGAGUUGAGGACAAAGUUCGAGGAAGAGUUCCGCAAGUUGAAGGCAAUCAUCGUGAAGCACGAGAACCGCAUCCGCUCGCUGGAGGCAACGGUCAAAGCGAUGACCGACCGGGGGCUGACCGAGGUGGACGGUGCCGGGCUCGCCGCACCUGUCGCCACGACGGGCACCUCGUCCUCCCCAGCACCCUCCUCGUUGCCACCCACGUCCGACGAGACUACUGCGCAGCAGCAGCAGGUCGCGGCAGCAGGUGACGGUGGCGGCAACUACCGCAACUCUACCCUCGAGCCGGACGAAGUCUAAGAAGGCAGUUGAGUAGGGGAAGAAGAAGAAGGAUGAACGGACGGACAUGGUCAUCAGCGCAAAGUUGACGCAUUAGUGACGGCACUGAGCUUCCGUACUUUUUGUUUUUUUUUUUUUGUACUAGAAUGGGUACUCCCACCCACCCAUCAGCCUUUCAAUGCUGCGGCCACGGGAAGGGAAUGUGGUGUAUGUGGAAAUUGUAAGAGAGGGAAAAAAAUGCGCAACAAAUCGCCAACACAUUGCAUCGUUUGUGUGUCCUAUUGCUGUUGUGCGGUGCAGCACAACGAGGAGGAGGAGGAUGCAGAAGAAGAAGAAAGAAGAAAACAAAACACAAAUGCCUUGAAUAUGGAUUUAACAUACAAACAAAACAUAAAACAAAAACUAUAUAGGAACCAUGCUUAAAGCAGCUGCGAUAAGGAAAAGGGGAGAGAUUUUGUAUUUGUAAACGUAUGUUUUUUAUACAUAUACACAGCUCCAUACUACAAUUACUAACCGAUUUUGCCUAUCGCCACAGAGCGUUUCCCUUAUCCUUCCCAUUGUUGCAAAACCCUCUCGUCGAUAUCACUCUCCCUCGCUCUCUAUCUCUCUCUCUCUGUACGCGUAGUAGUUAAGGGCGAAAAAAAACGAAAACAAAAAUCAGCUCCCUCUCGCCCACACUCUCGGCGGUAUUGGGAGAUAGUGGGGGGAAAAGGACAGUACACAUAUUGUGCGUAUAUAUUAUUGCCGACAUUAGCCGAAAUGGAAUGGAACACACGCAACAAAGCAUCAAAAAAGGCGCACACAGGUCGGUAGUUUGUGGCUAUCUGCAAAGGAACCGAACACCAAACACCAAACAAGAACGGGAAAGCCUUCCCAGGGAGAGAGAGAGAGAUAGUGCGCAGCAAACCGCAUCUCUUUAGCGCAUCAUAUAACUUCACCGACGGAGAGGAGAAAGGGAUAGGAUAAAGGGAACGAUAGCUUUCGAACUGAACAGAAUGGACGAAAAACAUCAAACAACAAAAUAUUAACACUAAACAUGAACAAAACAGAAUAAAUAAAAAAAGAAAAAAGGGAAGGAAAGGAACGAGAACACACAAACAUUAAAAAAAAACACAUUUACAAACACACACAAACAAGUAGUAGUGGGAUAGUCGCGCGAAUCGAAUUAAUACUUAUUAUUAAAUUAAUUCUUAUUACUUGUUUUUAUGAUUAGAUAAAUCAAAACAAAGAUAGAAGAGAACGAGAGCGAGAGAGAGAAAGAGAUAGAAAGAGAACCGAGAUCGAAACAAAGCAGAAAGAUAACGGAUGAACAAAGCAAAACAAAAAAAAAAGAAAGAGAAAAACUUACGCGAGCAAAAACGAUUGUAGCUGGAUGGAUGAUGAAGCGGAAAACCACAUACAGAAAAACAAAGGUGUAUUAAGUAUUUUAAGAUGAGA